AUUCUUUCUUGUGUGUCCAAAGAGAAGUUAUAUCAGUCAGUUUAUAGUAAACAACGUUAUAGAAAGGUAGUGCGUUCGCAGUUAGUGUUUGAAUAUGGUGAAAAGAGAUGACACAGUGUUAAUAAUACCUACAAUGACUCGUACUCCUUUAAAAUCUUCGUUUUCUAUUAGUUCUAUUCUUCCCGAAACGGCUUUAGAAGCACCAAAAAGUCCAGAACCAUCUACGAAUAUAUUAAGAAUUUCCGAAACUGAAUUAAGUGGAUCAGAAAGUGAUUUAGAUGUAACCGGUGAUGACGACGAUGAUACUUCUAACGUUAAUUGUACAAAAAUCGACGAUAGUAAAUCAACAGAUGACAAAAAAUCCAAGGAAAAACCACCUUAUAGUUACAACGCUUUAAUUAUGAUGGCGAUUAGGAACAGUCCCGAAAAAAGACUCACAUUGAAUGGAAUUUAUGAAUACAUCAUGUGCAAUUUUCCCUAUUAUCGAGAAAACAAACAAGGAUGGCAAAAUUCAAUAAGGCAUAAUUUAAGUUUAAAUAAAUGUUUUGUUAAAGUGCCUAGGCAUUACGACGAUCCCGGAAAAGGAAAUUAUUGGAUGCUGGAUCCUUCCGCAGAGGAUGUUUUUAUAGGAGGAACAACGGGUAAACUUCGUCGCAGAUCGACCGCAGCGUCUCGCUCCCGUUUGGCGGCGUACAAACGAACGCUCUCCAUGUAUUCACCUCUUCAACCGAUUUAUCCGGGAUUCUACCCACCUUCUCCUGCUCUUUUAGCAGCAGCUGCUUACCAGCGGUACCAUCCGUAUAUCGCUAGUACAGCUAUGCCAACUGUAUUAAGACCAUCACCAAUACAACCUCAAACCGGUCCGCAAACUUUCAAUAUGGAAAGGUUGUUGGGAUCAGCUCCUAGUAUGGAUUUUUUUAGACAACCUUUAGAUUUGUAUAGUAACUUCAGGUUACCGCAUCCAGCUGGUAUGUUACCUCAUCCUCAGAUGACUUUAUCGCCUACAGGUAGUUCGAGUUCACCGGAACUAAGGGCUAGUCCGGAUAUUUUGUAUAAACCAGUACCUGUUAUGUCCAGACAUAGUUGAAGAUGUGUAGAAUUAUGAAAAAUCCAGGUAUUUAUUUGUAUAUUUGUAUUUAGAUAUUUAUUAUAUUUGAAAAUUAUAUUUAAAUGGGCACAAAAUGGAAGGUAUACAUUAUUUUAUAUUCCGACAUUUUAUUAUCAAAACGUCAUAAUUUAUUGUAUUAGGUCUUGAACCAUACGUUUCUAUGGAUUGCUACUUAUCAGCAGAAGGAAAAUGUCAAAAUAUCUAUUAAGACUAACGCAUAAUGGAUUUACCAGCGGGCUGAACGGGCUGUAAUCUAGAGCGGUAAAUUUUGAUCAAAAAUAUCUCAUUUCGAUUAAUAAAAUUAAAAAAAAAUAUCGCUCACAUAUAGAAAACGAGUUUCUACAGAAACUUUAAUUAUUCUUUGCCGUUAAUUAUAUAUUAAAACAUCUAAUUUGGAUUUUUAAAAACAAAAUUACAAUUACAAACUAUAUUUUUUUAAAGCAACGUUAGAACAAACAAUGAAUUAUUGUAGUUCUUCCAAUAUCAAUUGCAGAUUAUAAAAACCCUUGGCGACAAUUUUGUUUGAUCUACCAUAGGCGUAGAUACCUCAUAGAUACCGUAGAUAGAUUAUAAAACGUAAAUAGACGAGUAAAAUGUACUUAUCUAUAGGGGAGUUUGGUUUAAACAGGGUACCUGACGUGAACUGAGUCCUUUUUGUACUUCAUUCGUCUAUUAGAACUUCGGUAGUCUUACCUGACAAAUAAUUUUGUCGAACUAAACUUGACGAUUCGGUAAUUACCAUCCGUUUAUUCAGUUUUUUAUGUUUAAAACCACAUACUGACAAAACUUGACGCAAUGUUUCUAAGCCGAUAUAAUUGUAUUCUGGAUAAUUCGCUACUUUUUGCUGUAUUACUAAUCGCAAUCCUGUUUUCCUUGUCUUUAGUAGCUUUGUCAACUAAUGUCAAUUGUCCUUUAAAUCCAACCCCUUUCGUAACUACUCGAUUGUAUUAUCAGAUUGCUGGAUAUUUUCCUUUUUCAAACAUUCGAAUAUAUUUAAAAUAACUUGCUGUCUUUGUAUAUCUAAAUCAUCAUUAUUAAAUUCAUACCUGUGGUUAUUUUAACUGCACUGUGCAAUUUCAUUGUCUUGUCAUUCGCUCAUGAUCUAAAGAACGUCAUAUUUCUAUUUAUUUAGAGAAAUUUAUGAAUUAAAUUAAUCUCACCCAGCUACGCUACUGCUUAUCGCAGACUGUCUAGCAGAAAUAUUGCAAAGAAAUUGUGUACGUACACCUUUCGACAGCUUCGUCCAAUAGAUUUGCAUUUAUGUUUACGAUUCGAUGUUUUCAUUGGUAAACAAUGGAGAUGAUGAGUCUACGUGGACUGACGGUUUGUUAGAUGUUUAACGAAUUUUAUACGGGGAGUGAACAUUAUUUUCCAUUUCUUAAUUUGGUAUAUUUCAUAUGUAAUUCCUACCCUCUAAAAUUAGAACAUAACGGAGUGGAUUUUCUUGAAUUAUUACUAUUAAAUCUGGAGGUCGUUGUUUGGCCAUCGCAUCUUUCGGUGACGCCGGAUUUUUGUUAUUUCUUAAGGUACAUCAACCUGCUAUAAAAGUACUAAGUAGAAUUUUAUCAUAAUGGUUUAUUUGGCACACUUUCGCGGCGUUAGCUACGUUAGGAUUAUUAUUAAUUUUCUGCGCGAUACGAUUUUUUAAUAAUUGACUUCCAGAGCUCAUUAAUGGUUCAUUCCUAAAUGGUUUCAUUCUCGUGAGUUCUUGGACUAAACAGUCAAUAUUCCUACAAUCAACGUAAUAUUGAAUUAAGGCUUCUUUAAUAUUAUUUCCGCUUCAUCUAGAAGUUUUUCUUGAACUGAUUGAAAUAGUUGUUUAUAUAAUUGUGUAUUAUUAAAUUGCUGUUAAUUAUUAAUGAAGUCUUUACAUCUAAUUAGUACCUAAAUUUUGGAUAUUCAGUCAAUAAUUUGUGUGAUAAAUUUUUUCAAAAAGUUUAUCAGUGAAAUUAGAUACAGGUUCUUAUCUUACUAGAAACGUAUUUUUAAAAUUUUUUAUAUAAAUAAUAAAUUGAAAAAAAAAAUAGUUCUAAUAGUAUAAUUAAAAAAUACACAAUUUUCGAUCAGUACAAAAGUUUUUUUCGUUUUUCAUUUGAAACUUUCCUCAAAAACAUUUAAAUUUCAAUAAAUUGGCAUAAUUCCAUUAUAUUAUAUUUCAAAACGUAAUUUCUAUUUAAUCAGACUUUAGAAUUUUCGAUGUCUGAAAGUGGUUUCUUCAAUUAACAAUAAGAGAUGAUUUUUUCAAUAAAUACAACUUUGUCAUGACACGAUAAUACCAAUAAACAAUUAGUUUCUCCCUUGCUUUCGAAUAUUAAUGAAAUAAAUUUUUGUUUCGCUUCAAAAUUUCCCUACAAAUUAUCAAAAAUAUCAAAAAAGGCAAUCAAACUGGGAAGAAACCUAAACAAGCUACAAGUUGGAAAAAAAUUUGAAAUCAAUUCUUUCCUCAUUCGGAAACGAGGUGAUCUUGAAGACACAAAUUUAAUAUCUAAAAUCUAAAAUCUCAUGUUGUAUCUUGCUAACAAUUCUUAGUAGUUGAUGCGGGGUUAUGUAUGUUUAAAUAAAUAAAAAAAAUAUUGUUCACAUGAUUUAUUUAUAUUAAAUUAGAAAUGUAUUCUUAAUGAAAUCGUCGGAAUAUAAAUUUUUGUAUGAGAUUGGGAUCAACAUUUUUCAAUAGUUAUCCACAGUUUUUGUAUAAAUAACCUGAAAGAAUUUGAAACAAUUGUAAUUAUAUUUUUAUGAUCGAAAAAGAAAUUUAGUGUGAUUAUGUUUUAUAUUUUCCCUAUUUUGUCAAAUUUAUUUCGAAAAUGUCGUAGAUAUUGUGAAAAAUAAUUGUAAUAAUAGGUAUAAGUACCUACUGAAUAUUUGUUGAAUUUCGAAUGAUUAUAAUGUACAAAUUCAAAAUCAAAUGUAGAAAUUAUGUUGUUUUGAAAAAUAAUUUUAUUUCAACUGUGGCUAAUUCAACUUAUACAAUGAAAUUCUAUACAGAACAGAAUUUGACUUUAUUAAUAUGUUUAUAAAUAAAAUUUGAGCUUGUAGUUGGUUUGUUUUUAAAAAAUUACCAAUCGUGACUAAUAUUUAUGCCUAUUUUUAUAAUGAUCUCACUCAACGUCCAUGUAAAAUGUAAAGUUUCAUGUGUAUUUACUGUAAAUUUGUAAAUAGAAAAAAAUUCAUAUUGUGAUUUUAGUUUUAAGGAGCAUGUACAGUAUUGAACUAUAUGGUUGGAAUUAUAAAAAUUUAUGCAUUA